AUGGGGUUAGUUCGCCAACUACCGGAAGCAGAAACAGCCCCUGCCUCCACUUCGACCUCGUCGUUCCUCAUCACGAGGUCGUGGUGGUUCGGGGAGCCACUCUCGGGAUUCGUCCAGCCACCCUCGAAAAGGGACAUCCAACUUUCACGGAAUUCGCUUACGAUAAGCAGCAGCUGUGGUUUCCAACAAUUCAACUGGAAUCCCGAUGAUACGCUGUUUAUCUAUAACAACUUCGUCCAUAAAGUUAUGGACAACUAUGGAAAGCAGAUCCACGAGUGGAAGAAGAAGUGGCAAAUGAACAAGGAAGAGACGAAAGAAAUUUUCUCCACCAACUCCACCAACCGCAAGAGCAAUCGUAAGGGGAAGGGCAUCUUCAAGCACAACUUGGGUGCCCAGUCUAUUGCCACUCUGGCGGAUCGCAUGGCGGAACAAAAUGAUGGCGAGCCGGUUGAUGAUUUCGAACUAAUGAAGACGGCGUAUACUAACAAGAAGACCGGACAGAUUGAUGAUGGCGUUGUGAGGGAAGUGGUCACCCUGGUCCAAACUCAUAUGGAAGAAGAAUUGUCUCAGCUUCAAACCGACGAAGACGAUUCGACGGCUGCCACCAACUUGUCCCGGUUUCGAAUCAACGAAAUCGUUGAAUCAUCGGUUCCAAAGAAGAAGGGACGUUUGGUCGGGUUGGGUCGUCGCUCCCGGUCGGUUCCUGCUGCUGCACAACAGCCCUUUGUUGAUCCAGAAGUACUUAUGGGUCAGUUGAAGGACAAAGAUGAUCGCACAUCUGCGUUGGAGGCCCAGAUGGCGAGUCAACAGGCGGGCUUUGAGGCACACAAGAGGCAGCAAGAGCAAAUGAUGGAGAUGAUGAGGAGGAUGUAUCCGAACGAGGUGUUCCCGGACGUGCAAGACCCGUAG